UCCAGCAACUCUUCACUCUCCACUCCCGAGCACUACAAACAAACGGACGCUAGGGGAUCUCCAUGACGGCUCUCUGCUGAACGCUCCUCUUUUGCGCGUUUAUUUAUUUUAUUUUAUUAGUUCGCGUCCGGUGCGUAAAUGCGCUGAUUUCAUCGAUCAGCCCGAUUUCGCGUUGUGGAGAGAAGCUGAGUAAUAAUGUCCUAUCCUCAGGGUUACCUCUACCAGCCCCCCGGCUCUCUGGCGCUUUACUCGUGUCCGCUGGCCGCCCCGAGGAGCGAGGAUUUGGCCCGGUCAUCCUCCGGUUCCGCGUUCAGCCCGUACCCGGGAUCGGCGGCGUUCACAGCCUCCGCCAACGGAUUCUCCAGCCCGCUGCCCUACUCUACAGAUCCGGCCACGGGAUUCCCGUCAUACAUGGGCUCUCCGUAUGACGCACACACUACGGGAAUGGCAGGAGCCAUCAGUUAUCACCCAUACGGGAGUCCCGGUUACCCGUACCAGCUCAACGAUCCCGCUUACCGGAAAAAUGCCACUCGGGACGCGACAGCGACGUUAAAAGCGUGGCUGCAGGAGCACAGGAAAAACCCCUAUCCCACUAAAGGAGAGAAGAUCAUGCUGGCCAUCAUCACCAAAAUGACCCUCACGCAAGUGUCCACCUGGUUCGCCAAUGCACGACGGAGACUCAAGAAGGAGAACAAGAUGACCUGGGCACCGCGGAAUAAAAGUGAAGACGAAGACGAAGAUGACGGAGAUGGAGAGAGAAAAGACGAGCGCACGGAUAAAAACAUGGACAACAGCGAAGCGUCAGCUGAGGACGAAGGCAUCAGUUUGCACGUCGAUGCCCUGACAGACCACUCAUGCUCGGUGGAGUCGGACGGGGAGAAGGUCACGUGUCGGACCGGGGACCUGGUUUGCGAUUCUGGAGCUGAAAUCCAGGACAAAUGCGAGGCGACGGAUCUCACGGAGGAAAGGCAGCGAGGCGCGUCACCCAAACCGGUGACCUCUUCUCCUCUAACCGGGGUGGAGGCGCCUCUAUUGACCCAUCAUCACCGGGAGAACAGCACCAACAAAACAUGCCUGGACGGUCAAAACCAAACCGUCAAGCCUAAGCUGUGGUCAUUAGCAGAGAUCGCCACUUCGGACCCCAAGCAGCAGAACUGUCCCCCGGGUGUCGGCCUUCUGACCUCCAGCGCGCCCGGCGCGUCCCCGGCGGGCGCGGUUUACCCCGCCACCUCCAUACUAGGAAGACCUCUUUAUUACACCUCUCCGUUUUAUAGUAAUUACACAAACUAUGGCAACUUCAGCCCGCUGCAGGGCCAGGGGAUACUGCGCUACAACUCCGCCGCUGAGGGACUCCUUCAUAAACAGACUGGAGAGCCGCUAAUAAAGACUAAUCCAAACCAGACUGACGCUCAUUUCAGGGCCUCCAAUGCAGAAUCCAAAAAAGAGCCCACCGAGGUUUUCACAGUAAGAUCCCAGUCUUACCUGUCGAGUUAAAGACGAGGAAGAUCUUUCAAGUAGGUGUCACAAUUGCUUUGAACAAAGCGAACAAGCCAUCACCCUCUCCCUCUCUCUCUCUCUCUCUCUCUCUCUCUCUCUCUCUCUCUCUCUCUCUCUCUCUCUCUCUCUCUCUCUCUCUCUCUCUC